GCUUGAUCGCGGAUUGCCAGUAAACGUACUUGCCGCGCACGGGGGACAACUUCGCACCUGCGAUCCUGUCACUGACUGCUGCAUCUGUCUUCCUUCCAUACAGGGCUGGUGUGAGAUCGCUGCUCCGUCUGAAACAAAAUAGAGGCACCGGCGCGUACUCUCCCAAAUUGUCGUUUGCUCGCAUCUGCACUUCAACAGUCUGCGCUUGCGUCAAGGCAGAGUUAAACAGCACACGGUUGCUGCUAUCCUGUCGUUUCGUUGAGGGUGCGCUGGACACGACGCGGGCGUUUGGCGCGCCUGAAGAAACGUAUUGAUUGGUCGAUCUAUGUGGUGAAUGGAAAUGGCGACGGGAGUGGAUUCCAGGAAGCGAGCAGCGGAUCAGGUGUUGGAAACUGAUGAGGGUAGUGCCGAUAUUCAUGACGAGACUUCCGACUUCAAAGCGAAAAGACAUAGAUCCGCUGAUUCCGACGAAAUCGAGAUGAAUGACGCUCGUAAUGGAUAUGAAAGCUCUGCACCAUUAGUUACAGAAACAGAGGAGCACUUGCACCAGGGGAAGCACAACAACGUCCACUCUUCGGAACUACAUCCUUGUACAACGCCAACGGCAAGCAGUAAUAGAGAAUUACACGGAAAUGGCGAUGAGGAUGAAAUGAAAUUAGAGGGUGGGAAAAUAAGCGACCCUUUGCCCUUUCGACCGUCGGAUACUCCGAGCAGUGGUGGUCCAGUUCAAUCUACGAACUCGUCCUCGCUGCCUUCCCCAGCUGCCAUUUCCCGGCAAGGAUCAAGGCAAGGAGAGGAUGCAUUCAAUCCUACAGUGGGGGAUGCAUUGACUCGCGAACAGCUAAAAUUCUGCGGCAACGUACUACGCAGUUUGAAGCGACUCAAAGACGCCCGACCAUUCCUUGUACCUGUCGACCCAAUCGCAUUGAACAUUCCGACUUAUUUUGAUAUCGUCAAAACGCCUAUGGAUCUAUCCACAGUUGAGAACAAGCUUCGGACUAACCAAUACUCGAGUGCUCAAGAGUUCGUUGACGACGUACAAUUGAUGAUUGACAACUGUUAUGCUUUCAAUGGUCGCGAAGCGCCAGUUGGGCAAAAUGGUGUGAACUUGGAGCGAUCGUUCCACAAAUAUAUGGAGAAAUUGCCGACUGAGGUAAAACCCGAGAAGAAUAAGAAGCGGUUAUCCACCGCGGAUUCGAUGGUGGGGAUUCAUGUCGAGGGAGGAGGGGCAGCUACACCAUCAGAAGCUGGGCGCCCUAAACGAGAAAUACACGCUCCGUUGAAAGAUAUUCCGAUUGUGACGUCAACUCCUUCUACGAAACACCCCUUAAGCAAGACUAAAUUGGCAGACCGGGACAUGAAGUUCUGUUCCGAAGUCCUUCGUGAACUGCAUAAGAAGCAACACGCAGCGUAUAACUUCCCUUUCCUCCAGCCUGUUGAUCCACUUGCAUUGGGUAUCCCUCAUUAUACCGACAUCAUCAAAAAUCCUAUGGACUUAUCAACAAUCCGUCGGAAACUCGAUGCCGGAGACUACCAUACGGCCGAGGAAUUCGAAGCAGACGCAAGAUUGAUGUUCAACAACUGUUAUACCUUCAAUCCUCCAGGGACAGACGUGUAUAACUUUGGGAAGAAAUUGGAGGAGGUCUUUGAACGGAAAUGGAAGGAAAGGCCGCACGGUGGUUCUCCUGCUCCGCCGCGAUCACAGCGUGCGUCGAAAGCGAAGAUCAAGGCGCAGCCGGUAGCGGACGAGUAUUCCUCAUCCGACGAUGAUGAUGAAGAUACAGACGCUUUACAGCUCAAGCUACUCCAGCAGCAAUUGCAAGCCAUCACAACCCAAAUGGCAUGGCUGCAAGAAAAGCGGGCAAAGAAAAAACAAAAGCGCAAAAGCAUGGCUACUAUCACUCAAACGCCCUCGUCAGCCACCAAAGUCAAAGCUCCCAAAUCGAAGACGAAAUCUGCAAAUCCCGGCGCAACAAGUAGAAGACCGUCUUCAAAAAAAUCGGGUGAGAAGGCCAAGCCGCGGCGGCGGGUGGAGUAUAGUAGCGAUGAUGGGGAAAACGGCGAAAAACUGCCAGAGCUUACAUACGAGCAAAAGACCGAAUUGAGCGAGCUAGUUGCUGAACUCCCUCCGGAAAGAAUUGAUAAAGUAAUGGAGAUCAUCAGGAGCGGGUCGGCGUUACCAGACACGAUGGAUCAAGGGGAAAUUGAGUUGGACAUAGAAGUUCUCAGUAAAAGUACUUUGUGGAGAUUGUAUAAUUAUGUCAAAGGGCAUUCCGGAAGGGGAGUAGCAAGUCAUCGUGCGCAUAAGCCUCCAAAGAGUGGAAAACCCAACUCCAAGUCAAAGGGCCCAGUUGGGCUGAGUAGAGCUACCGAUUCCUCUAGUAAUGAGAGCGAUUCUGGAUCAGGUUCGGUGGACUCGGGGGAUGACAGCAACUGAAGGAUUUUUUAGCAGGCGGAUUCCAGGCGAGACUGGUGAAGUGGACGCAGAAAGGAUUUGCGUACGGAUGGGCGCAGCGCGCUGGCAACAAUGUAUACCUGCUUCAACCAGUUCUUGGUACAUCCAUAAUGGGAUGCGGACCGAAUAUAGUGGGCGUACUUUUGAGAUAUCCGGAGCCGUCGUGUUGAUCUUGUUGAGGAUAUCAGAGAUUGUGUGUUAUACUCAUCGAGACACACAGAACGGCGCAGGUUCCAGUCACAUGGCAGGGAACAAUAUUCCUUCCAGACUUAUAUUAUAGGGGUUAUGUUGCAAUCUCUCGCAUUGCUUGCUCAAAUCUUGUGGAUACGAUGGGUUUUUUACUGUCAGGAUCGUAGAAGGGAUUUGAAACUAGAUUGACGUAGGCGUUGUGUAUUCUGCGGAACAACUGCGAUAAGAAAGGUUACUUAGAAAGCACAACAUGGAAAGCA